CUGUUACCGUUGGAUCUUUCCUUGCAUGUACAAAUUAAUGUGGCAGCUGAAUAAAAUUUAAUUUAGUCUGCCUUCGCAACUGUUGCAAUUAACAAUAAUUUUUUGUGAUAAAGUUAAGCUUCAAAAUUACUAAGGUCAAAAUGGAUCAAGACGGUUGCAGCCAAUUAGGCAAAUUGUCGCAACUCCCAAAAAAUUCCAUGUUGAAUGAACUCAUAAUUUCGGAGGCGAAAUAUGACCUAGUCAUCCGCAUAACGGAGGAUGCCGGUGGGUGGAUCUCCCUUCACAAAAUGCUUCUAGCACUAAAAGCCCCAAAACUUCUGGAAGCUCUGGAAAAUGACGGGAAUAAGGGAAUGGACGAAGAGGAAAUUGAGUGGGUUAAGUGGCCCAGUAAAAUAAGUUUGAUCUCCUUCAAAAAGUUUCUUGCUUGGGUCUAUAACGGAACCCCCGGUUCUGAAACAACUGAGGAAGACGUAUCAGCAUUGCUUCAGAUUGCAAAGGACUAUGAAAUUUUUGAAUUGGCAGAGUGGUGUGAGCAAAUGUCGGUUCCUAUGACAACUAGCACAAUUAUGCCCUUAAUGCAUCAGGGUUUGGUUUCCGGAAAUGACGAACUUGUCACAAAGAUACUUUAUGCAUUGGCUAGCGACCAAGAAGAAAUACUUCCGUUAAACCCUUUCGUAAAAUUGGGCCUGCGACACCAAGCCGAGGAAAGAGCCGCCAAUGCCAUCCACACGGCAAACAUUUUUGACGCGUUAUUUCGGGGAAGUAACACUAAAACGGAUUCCAAGAACAUCGUUCCUUUGCACAGAUUCCUUUGCAAAACCGGAACCAACAGCAUGUACAAUAAUCACACAACUUCGGUUGAACAUUACACCUAUAUUGGAGUCUGCUGCAAACUCUUUCACCAAAAAACUUCUCCCCGACCCCCUCGCACGGUUGCCUUACACCGUUUCUAUAUUCAACCCGACCACGACAACGUUUACACAACCGUCCCCUCUGUAUAUGAAGGGAUGACCACUGCAAAGUACGAAGGAAGCGUGGGCUACGUCUACCCGAAUCCUGAGACUGGCACUGUCCCCGUUUUCGAGUAUUAUAGCGCAGUGGACAAAAAUCACUUUUACACAAAAGACUGGAACGAGUGUAAAACUAGAGAUAGACACUAUAAUUAUGUUGGCAUUGCUUUUUAUGCAUUUCCGUAAGAUGCACAAUUACUCAGAUGUGUACGGUACAUAGAUAUGUAAUAAACUUGAGUUUUCCUUUG